AUGGACUUCUUUAGCUACAUGGUUGAAAAGAGCUACAUGUUCCUUCUUUGCAACGGCCUUCUUGCUUUAAUAGCCAUGAACUCCGGUCUAGUUUCUUCCUCUACACCACCACCAACUCAUCAGAGCAUAGAACAACAUGUUGUAGUAGUUAUUGAGAAAAGUAUCCAGUUAGACUCCAUGGAUUCAGACAUUGCAGUUGCAGCAUCAAUUGUAGGUGAGGAAACUGAAUCCCGACAAGAAGAAGACAAAAUUUUGGUGAGUAUGGAACAAGAAAAGGUGGUAUCACAACAUAUCCAGGAAGAAGAGGGAAAUGCCCUUGCGAUCAUUGAAGAACAUGAACACGACGUGGAUACUGAUGAGUUAAACAAAAAAAUUGAGGAUUUUAUUAAAAGGAUGAAAGCAACGUUCUGA